UGUCUCUCCCCACCCCGUCGUCGCCGCCCGCCCCGCAGACCCUUCCGCGCCUCCUCCGCCGCACCGACCAAGCGGGCCGAGGAGGAGGAGGAGGGAGCGCAGCCGGGGCUUCCUCCGAGCAAAGAAUCCUCCGAGCUGGCCUGAUGACAUCCCCUCAGAGGGUUGCCCCCAAACAAGAUGGUGCUGGACUCGGGUCGGCAGUCCUUUCGGCGGCGGGAACAGCAGCCUGAUGUCUUUGGUGCUGGCCUGCAGCAGCGGAGAAGCGGGAAGAAGGAGGCCUCUCGUCCCUAUGAGGGGCUGCGGGUGCCUCCCUUCUUCUCUCCUUCCCUUUCUCUGGAUUCAGACUCCUCCAGCCCGGGCCAGCGGGCGCCCCCCAAGACCAAGUGCCUCCAGAACCCAGAGCCCCAAGUGCCGCCCCCCGUGGGCCUCUGCCCUGCCUUCCAGAAUCCCUGCAGCUGGAUGCGCCGGAGCGAGAGCAUCUGCGCAGUGAACCGGAGGGACCGCGCGCGGGGGCAGAUCCGCAGUGCCGCCUCCCUGCCUCACCUCCCCAAAGCCAAGGCGGACAGGUGCAUCGGGGCCAAGAGGAAAAGUCCCUGCCUGCUGGUGGCCCUGCGGCCGGUGAACGUUGACAAAGAGAGGGAGAAGUUCUUUGGGGCCUGCUACGCCUACAACCCCCAGUUUGAAUACGCAGAGCCUGUCCCUGAAGCCGUGUUGGAGAAAUACAAAGAGGCCUCUGGGCAGUUUAUUUCACAGGCUAUUGGAAUCAUUGAUGCUGUGCUGGAGAAAUAUAGCACCUACGAGAACUUUGAGGCAUCCAACGGAGGGAAGUUGCUCAGCAAAUGCCAGAUCUGGUCCAUUGUCAGGAAGUACAUGCAGAAGGAAGGAUGCUCUGGAGAGGUGGUGGUUCAGCUGACCGAGGACCUGCUCUCUCAGGCAGUGAUGAUGGUGGAAAACAGCCGCCCAACAUUAGCCAUCAACCUUUCAGGGGCUCGUCAGAACUGGCUGGAGGGCAUGUUGCGCCAUGAAAUAGGCACCCACUACAUCCGCGGGGUCAACAAUGCCCACCAGCCGUGGCACAGCUCAGAAGGCCGCCAGCACUACGGCCUGAAGCCGGCGAAUCCCACUGAGGAAGGCCUGGCCAGCCUGCACAGCGUCCUCUUCCGCAAGCAGCCCUUCCUGUGGAGGGCAGCCCUUCUCUACUACACUGUCUACCGGGCCAGCCACAUGUCCUUCUGCGAGCUCUUCCAUGACCUGGAGCGCUACGUGCAGGACCCUGGGGUGCGCUGGGAAUACUGUGUGCGGGCCAAGAGAGGCCAGACAGACACUUCCGAGCCAGGGUGUUUCAGUAAAGAUCAAGUGUACCUGGAUGGAAUUCUCCGGAUCCUGAGACAUCGACAAACCAUCAACUUCCAGCUGCUGGCUGCCCUGGGGAAGGUCUCCUACGAAGAUGUGAGUAAUCUUCAGAAAUACGGGGUGCUGGAGAAGGCUCGAAUCCCUCACUUCAUGCAGGAUCUAGAGAGGUACAUGCAGCAGCUCAACCACAUUGUCGCAACCAACUGUCUCAGUGACGAGGAACUGGAACAGCUGCUGCCAGAAUGAGCCGGCCUUUGAGGGGGAAGAGGGAGGGAGGGAGAGGGCUAUGGCUCCUCCAGCCUUUGCUGCUGUCACCCAAGACAGGCUGUGCUGUAAUCAUGAACAGGCCCUUUGGGGGUCUUCAAAGAAGUUGUUGUGUCAGAUUGUGGUCCUGCUGAAAACAGUUUACUGGCUUACAGCCUACUAUUUAUUCUUUAUUUAUUGGGGUCUCUGGUUGAAUAUUAGGUGAAUGAAGACUGGAAUGAGGCAGUCUUCCAGCUAUUCAAGGAGAAACCUUUGCAGGUGGUCUGCUGAGUGUUCCAAUCUGGAGCCAUUUAAAGUAAUUUCAAAAUGUCUCAAGAUACAUGGAAUGUGGCAUGUUCCCCUUCUGCGGAGCAGGCUGGCAGUCAUCACUUUUGACCCUGCUAAAACAAAAAAGGCAAUUCUAAGGGAGGUUGACUAUCCUGUGCUUGCACAAGCCGGUGUGUUUGGUUCACCAGUUCAACCCUUUGACUGAGAGAGCAGGCGCAGAGGUCACCAGCCACCGCAAGAACAUGUCUUCCAGGGUUUGGCCGCCAAGAAUUAGAUACAGAACCUAAUUUACGCAAAGUUAGAAAAUGUCUUCAGGUGUGUUUCAUAUCCAUCUCAGUCAGCUUGCAGCUUUUCAGAAAAACUUGCUUUGUUGCAUCAGAGAGAGAUUCUUUCUCUCUUGGCCAGCAUCUUUUGCUUCCAACCAGCCAGAUGCCUUGGGAGCUCACAAGCCAGGCAAUGAGCUGCACUCGACAUCUCCUGAAUUACUUUGAAUGCAGCAGGACUCCACAGCCUUGAAUGCAGGAAGCUGCUUUCUCUGAAAGACCUGCUGGUCCAUGAGUAGACGCAAGUAGCUCCGUCUAGUCCUUUGACAAGUUUUUGUCCAGUGUAAGCAGUUGUCUGUAGUUGGCAUGUGCAGUGUGACGGGUGCUCUGGGGUUGCUUCAGCUGUGUUUUUGACAACCAAACAUGUUUGUGCCCAAGGAUUUGGGGGGAGGUGCAGAGAGAGACCAGUGGCCACCCUGAGGCAGGAGGGAGGUGUGGGAGGGCAGGUAGCUUUAGCUUAGAAAAGGAAGUGUUUGAUAAGCAAGGGCAGGUCCUUCAUAAAUGGAGCCAAGGACCUUGGUAGUGUUUCUCAAGCAAAUAAAAUGGGAGAAUCUGAGGGAGCAAAGGUGCACAGGGGCCACCUUGCGUGUCAAGUCUGAAGCUGUUGCUUUAACAGUCUCUUCUGGCAUUGAUAAUAUAAAUUCAUAUUAAAACAACCCCUUCCAUCCUGCGAUGCUACCUCAACUGGGGGGUGAUGUUACCUGUGCUUCUACACUGUUUGUCAAAGCCAUUUCCACUGCUGGGCUCCUUGGUGUAAAACGGAUUUUGCUCCAUUCAAUAAAGACUCUCCUCUGCU